GCGGGGGGAGCGGCGGAGUGACCCGGUCCGCGUCCAUCCCCCGUUCCUCCGGCGCUGUCAGCCGCGGCGGCCCCUCGCGUUUGCGUGGCCGUUGUGUGCGCGGGGCGCCGCGUGCCCGUGGCUGUGCCCGGGCCGGCCCGGGGGAGCCGUGCGGCGGAGGUGCGCUGCCUUCUGUCCGUGCCCUGCUCGGGGCUGUGCCGGCGGCUGUCAGCGCCGUGAAUAGGAGCGGAUGUGUUUGUGCCGCCCGGGGUCGGAGCGCCUCGGUCCGUGCGAGGUGCCGGGGAUAAGUUCGCUCCCCCCGCACCGUGGCUUAUGACAGCCUUUGGCAGCCCCCCGCUCCGAUCUCCCGGGAUUGAAGUGGAUCUAGGAACGAAUGGAUGACUGAAUAUUCAUAUGAAGAGGAAAGCCAUAAAAGACGUCAGCGCCUUUGAAAACAGAAUGUUAAUGCUGGAUGGGAUGCCGGCAGUCAGAGUUAAAACAGAGCUGCUGGAAUCUGAGCAAGGGUCUCCAAACGUCCACAACUACCCAGAUAUGGAAGCUGUACCCUUGUUACUAAACAACAUGAAGGCAGAUCCUCCGGAGGAUUCAUUAUCUGCAGAUCAUUUCCAAACACAGACUGAACCAGUGGACUUAUCGAUAAACAAAGCCAGGUCAUCCCCUACAGCAGCUUCAUCUUCACCAGUUUCCAUGACAGCAUCAGCCUCCUCCCCUUCUUCUACUUCUACUUCUUCUUCUUCUAGUCGACCAGCUUCAUCACCCACAGUAAUAACGUCGGUAUCCUCAGCAGCAUCUGUACCAUCAGUAUUAAGUCCAGGUCCUCUUGUGGCCUCUGCGUCUGGUGUCGGAGGCCAGCAAUUUUUGCACAUUAUCCAUCCAGUUCCACCUUCAAGCCCCAUGAACUUGCAGUCCAAUAAAAUGAGUCAUGUGCACCGUAUACCUGUUGUGGUACAGUCAGUACCUGUUGUCUAUACAGCUGUGAGAUCACCUGGGAAUAUGAACAACACUAUAGUAGUGCCACUGUUGGAGGAUGGGAGAAGCCACGUCAAAGCACAAAUGGACCCCCGAGGCCUAUCUCCCAGACAAAUUAAAAGUGACAGUGAUGAUGACGACCUGCCAAAUGUGACCUUAGAUAGCGUUAAUGAAACUGGAUCUACAGCGCUCUCCAUAGCCAGAGCAGUACAAGAAGAGAGCAUGUGGGGCUGUGCCAGGUCAGCUGCUAACCCUUUUCGUUUUUUCAACUCCAGUUCAAUUUCACCAUUCAGUAUUGAGAGCACAAGGCGUCAGAGAAGGUCUGAGUCUCCAGACUCCAGGAAGCGACGCAUCCAUCGGUGUGACUUCGAGGGAUGCAACAAAGUAUACACAAAAAGCUCCCACCUGAAAGCUCACCGGAGGACGCACACAGGAGAAAAACCCUACAAAUGCACCUGGGAGGGCUGCACCUGGAAGUUUGCUCGCUCUGAUGAACUGACGCGGCAUUUCCGCAAGCACACAGGAAUCAAACCUUUUCAGUGCGCAGACUGUGACCGCAGCUUUUCCCGCUCAGAUCACUUGGCGCUCCACCGCCGCAGGCACAUGCUGGUUUGAGAAACGCUACCUAUUCCAGCUGAGCUUAAGAGCUGGGUCUCUUAACUACCCGGAGUGAAUUCAGCAGGGCUGAAUCCCCUUCUACAGUGUUCACAGGCAGGGCUGUCUUUGCUGUCUGUAACAAAAAAUAAUAACAAAAAUUGAAAAAAGAAAAAAAAGAAAAAAAAAAGCAGGAAAAGAAGUGCCACUCUUCUCCUCGCCAUCUGAAGCUAACCCCAUCUGCCCCUCAGCAUGGUUACCCCCCAUAAGUGUCAUCACAAUCGCCUGGGAAAUAGCAGUCAAAAUGCUACAGGAAUGGGCAUUAUUUUACAUGCUGCAUCCUUUGAGAAAAAAAAAAUGUUUAUAGCUUGUAUGUUUUUUCAGCUGUUGGACAUUUUGUUCCUGAAAAAUCGCUGCUGAUUGGAGGAUUAGAUGCCGCAAACCGAUGAUGAUGAUGAGAGCAAGAACAGUAGACCUUUGUUAUCCCAUCUUUCCCCUUGUUUUGAAUAUCACCUGGCCAGUGUCAGCAUCACGCCUGAGCUGUGCUACAAACGAGCUGCAUGGGAGUAGGCAAGAAGAUCCUGCUGGAGAGGUCCCACCAUCAGAGCUGAAGGGUUGCUCGAGCUGACUUGCGCAAUAACAAUGGUGGCAUUUUAAUGCUGUACCACAAGUUGUCAUUAUGUCCUAUAAGACACCAGCCACUUAACCCUUUUCUUUUAUCCUUUCCUUUCUUUUCUUUUGGUCUUCUUGUUGAAGUCUGUAAAAUAAAAAGGGGGCAGCAGCAUUUCUGCUGCAAGUACAGCAUCAAGUAUCUGUAUUUUACCAUGGACUUAUUUAGAACCAUUUUCUGAUUUGUAUAGAGAAAGCCAAUCUGAAAACUACUACCCCAUUCUCAAAGUGCAGUUUUCUUUCAUGCAGGUAUCCUCUUCCCCAUGACCAGUGUUUGAAUACGAGGAAAUAGUCAAAUCUUAUACUUUCUGGUACCGAGGUUAGUGGUGCAGCUAUCCAUGAAAUGGAAUUGAAUGUACCAACAAUGCAAAAUAGAGAAGAAACAGCUGUGUCUCUUUGCAGAGAAAAAGCAAUAAUGAGUAAAAUGGCUCUCAAGACAAUAAUUUGCUCCACAUCAACAGAAGGGAGCUAUGCAGAAAUUGCACGUAAGAUAAUUUAAGUUAAUCUUCCUGAUGGUUUCACUGACCUGCUAGUUACCACAAUUAAAGUACUACUUUCAUUUCCUUAAACAUAAUGCUUACUUGUGUCUGGAAAGCAAAACAUAUAAAGGAAGGAGCUGAGUGUUGAGGAGUUGGUGGAUGAACUGUAAGUAGGAAGAAGAAAUGGUUCUACAGUGGUGCUCUGCAAGACAUUAGGUUUCUCCCUGGGAGUUAGGGAAUAACAAGACAUUGCCAGCUGUCUGGUAUGAUACAAAUGCUCCUUUAUAUGGGUAUCGGUGGCUGCCUCUACUGGGAUUUUCAAUCCAAGCCUUUUCAGAUUAAAUAAAAAGAAAUUCUUGAUCAUUCCCAUACAGCCCUAUAAUUAUGAAUCAAUUUGUAUUAAUUAAAUUAUGUAGGAGAGAGAGAAACUCUUAGUCAUCAGUUGUUCAUGAAAACAGAAUUGUGUUUUUCUGUUUUCCUUCUUCACAAGGAUCUGCCUAUUCAGCUAAAUGAGACAAAGAGAAGGCUUGGCAAGAUUUUUUAAGUGUUGAGAUUUUUAUAGUUUAGAGAUAAAAGAUGUAUACAUAAAGGUCUUUUGCAAUGCAUUUAAUUACAAAUAUUUGGUUCCAGGAGUUGCACACAUUAAACUUGUGAUGCCACUUGUUCAUUUUUAAAGGUUAGAUCAGUCUGAAUUCAGUUCUUAUUCCUGAAGUAUUAGUUGAAAUGUUGGAAACGGGUUCGGAAGUCAAGAUAAUCUUUAAGAAGAACAGAGAACCCUUACACACACUGAAAGUAAUUGCAGUUAAUUAAGGAUUAAUAAGACUGGAAUAAUACAUCAAAACAGCACUUAGAGGCUCCAGAGUUUGAUUGUCUUUAAAUACAUUGUUAACAUUCUCCGAUGCUGGAUAAUCUGUCAGUUCCCUAAAAGAAGAACUUCAGUACUGUUACUAUUCAGUUUCCCCUAUGGUGAGCGGUCAACAUAGAAACUGCAGACAAAUUACUAGCAACAACAGUUUGAUGUCCCGUCCCUAUAGGCUUUCGAGGCAAGACCCUGAGCAACCUGACCUAGAUGUGGUGUCCCUGUUCAUCGCCUUCAGAGGACCUUCCAACUCUAAGGAUUCUCUGAUUCUAUGAUAGUGGGAAAAAAUGUCUCUCCCAUUCCCACUGUCUGCACUGGUGAUCAGCUUCCGUGAAAUUUUGCAGCAUUUAAGCAUCCAACUCAGAACUGGACAUUAAGCAGCAGUGCCAAGUGUUGAUGCAGCUUAAAAUGGCUGAAACAGAUCAGGGCUUCUUGAUAGCCUCUAAGCCAUUGUGGAGCAACAGAACUGGGUUUUUGCCUACAGCAUUACUUCUUUCAUUUUCAAAAAUGGUUGUCGGUGUUGUGCCUGAGGUUGUGCAUGGAUUGCAUCUGCAGUCUAUCUUUUAUGUACUUCGAGGUCAUUCCCUUUAAUUGGAUCAGUCAAUCACAGUGUUUUGGGGAAAAGAGUCAGGUCUUUUACAGGCUUCAGUUUAGUGAUUGGGAAGAAAAAAUAUCCAAGAGCAGUUGAGAGGCUUUAAAUUUCAGUAUGCAGCUUUGAAUUGUCCUGUACUGACUUCACAGAGGUCCUGUAGGAAGCUCAUUUCCCAGGGCAGAAAUCACUCUCUGUGAACCCCAUGUCUUUCAGCUGGCUACUGUAUACAUAUGAAACACUGCAACGGAAAGAGGAUCUGGUUUUAUCCAAUGAACCCCGGGUUGAUAAGGGGGUGAAGCAGUACUCACAUCAAGGGAAAUAGUUGCAGAAUGUGUCAGUGAGAACAGAAUAAAGCCAAAAGAUUGAGAGGUGUACCCUAAGUGCUAUUACUUAGCAGCAGGAAUUGUAUGCUCAGCCUUUUCAGCAGCCACGUAAGACCUUUUUAUUCUGCUGUUACUUCUUGACAGCUUACACAACCAGCAGUCAUCUACUACUGGGUCUCAAGUAGGCAGUACGAUCCCUAGCAAAUUUCUCAUUUGUUCAGAGCUGUCAGGCUUUGGCCCCAAAUAUUCUGUGGGAACAUUUGUUAUUUUGUUUUCCUCUUUGGGAGUAUUUUAAGAGAGAUUACUUUGUGGAAGGAGGGUGUUGGGACGUGGAGUGGAUGUCCCUCAUGUUCUCAGGGUGCUCUUCCACCUGUAUUUCACCAAGUUCCUGUGCUUGUACAGAGACCAAGGGCAGCUGCUCCACAAUGGUUUCCUCCAAAAUCACCAUAAUUCACUGCAGUGCCGUGGCAUUGCAUAAACAUGGUGAGCGCUGACAUCACAUGUGGCAUGCAAAAAUACCAGAUCUUGUCUUGGCACAGUGCAGUAAAAGUCCAUCUUAAUUAACUGAGCAGUUGGGAAAUACAAAUGUACAGUGUCCCUGUCCUUUCAGACAGACAGAGAUUUAUGCUUUCUAGUGUGAAUAAAGGAUGGGUAAUACCCACUGUGAGCAUAAUGGCUUGCAUGGGGAACUCUGCCAUGAAGUGUCAGAUUUCAGAAGUUUUCAAAAGGAUUCAGUGGAUUUGUCAGGAAAUCUCAGUAGCCAGCAUUACAUGAAAAGAUAAUGAACAAACAACUCAACUUUGAUAAAGAACUUUUUACAUUCUAAAUUGCCAUUAUUUUUUGAGCAUCUGUUUUAUUCAGCACUGUAAAAUUGGCUCAUUGCAACAGCAGUUUAUACUGGGGAUGAAGAUGCAGUAUUCCUUAUUCUCUAUCGUGCUUACACAAUUAAUGGAAUAGAUUUAGACUGACUUGUAUAUAUGAUUAUUUGCUGGAGUAAUGUAUAACAAAAUUAACAGUGUUAAAAAUGACAUCAGUGAUGUUGAUGUUUGGGAUAAACUUUCAGUGCAGAGCAUGGACAAAUAGCUGGACAACCUUUCUCCCCUUUAAUAAUGGAAUAGCAGUGAUCAUAAAUCUCGUUUUCCAUUAGCCACAUUGAAAAUGUAUUCUAGUUACCAUUUAUAAAUUUAUCUUCUGAUAAUAAAUGAUGUUUAAUGGAAAAAAUCUCUUUCUCCUUUAUUGAAGGUGUGUACUUCAAAUCAGAGUAAGAUUCACUGUUAAUACCCUAAUUAUUUUUUAGUUUGAACAUUGGUUUGGAAAGGUCAGUGUGAGGAACCACAUCUUCCACAGUAGAUGUGUCUAAAGUAAAUCUGCCCUGCUACAUGCUCACCCAAAUACCCAUGCCUAUAAAUGCCAGCACUUCCAUAUCCCUCCUCCCAUCAGCAGAUAUAAACAAACACGUUUGUAAAAACAAAGCAGAAGAUGAAGAAUUGGAAAUAAAUUGGAAAUAAUAAAAGGAAGUGCUACCUUCUUAAGAAACCAGCUCUAUUACUGUAUUACGCUUUUGCCUGUGAUUUAUAACUGGAGAAGCACACAGAUUUAAAGAUGACUGUUGUAUUUUCACAGUUUCAUGGGAGCAUUAGAGUUGCUGUGGAACAUAUUUACAAAGUUGGUACCUUAAAAAUGCUUGAUUUCUGAUCAACUGCAGCAGCAAAGCAGGUUUUAGUAGAAAAACAAGUAGCUAUAAGGAUACUGCAUCUUUAGAAAUCGAAAUGCAUUGAAAGUAUUUUACUAAACUUGUAACAGUUUAAAUAUUCUGUAAUAUAUGUGAUAGUGGAAAAGUAUUUUCAAACUCACGGUUUUUCAUGGGGUGUAAAUAGGUUAAAUGAAGUACAUUUUUAAAAAUCCUUCUGUUUUCAUAAAGAAAAAAUUGUUAAAUAAUGCCUUGCAAAGCUUACACAGAAAAUGCUGAGACGUAAAUUAUUCUGUUUUGGCAGAACACGUUUUCUCUGCAAAAUGGAAUAGCCACUUCUUUGCUGUUUUGCAGAUAGCAUGUCAUAUAAUGAAGUCAUAUUGAGUCCUUCAGCAUCAAAUAAGUCAGCAUUCAGAAUGCCUUUGACUGGAUAAAGGAAGAAAAAAAAACAACAAUGAAAAUGAAAACCAUAUGAAAAGGUUCUGUUUUGUUUUGUUUUCCUUCUGUCAAUUCACGGUGAACUGCAGAUACAGUAACAGCAAGCUCUCUGAUUUUAUUUGAUUUUAUUUGUUCUUGUAUUUCUCUGACUCAAAAAUAAAAGGUUGCAGAGCUGAAAUAGGCAGCUGCUCUUUGCUGAUUGCAGGGGAGUUCAGUCUUCGCGGUACAGUAGCAUGUCAACAAUCCAGUGAUAGCGGGACAGUUGUGACAUUUAGAAUGGUCACAUACUCCAGUAUGGUAGUCUAAAAAUCCAUUUUAAAAGAUGAAACAGAAACUGAAAGUGCCUGUUAUUAGAACUGAUGGGAUGUUCCUAUACUUUUACACAGCAAUAACUUAUGGGAUUCUGUCAACAAUAAAAUGAAAAUAAAAUUAAACUCUGAGAACAAUAAUGCAGCACAGAAGCAAACACAAAGUGCCAUUUGUAUUUUCAUGUUGUCAUAUUUUGUUAGGAAUUUUAGUUAAUUUCUCAAAUAAUGUCUGUCAGAUAUGUAAGAUGAAAAUGAAUCCUUGUUUACAAAAUUUUCUCAUAUCCAUAUGGAUUCCAAGUAGGUGUAAGUGGAGAUCACUGUGUUUUGUGACAUUGCUUCCUAAUUUAUGUCUGAUUUGCCCAUAUAUCCAUGGUAUUCUCUAGUAAAAUAACCACAAAACCAGCAAUGGAGCUUCUUUAGGUUAUACACCAGAGCAGAUUCUCUUGAAAAAUCCACUGCAUUGAACUGUGGAGUUGAGUUUCUGUUCUUUUUUGUAAUGCUAAUAUUUAAUACCAUCUUCAAAGUGGAAAGGUCGAAAUAUAUCUCUUUUUAAAAUGAUUAUUUUUUGGAGAAAUAAAUGGAAAGGGAAAAAAAAAAAAAAGUGAUAACUAUCAGUUUAGGGGCUAUUUGAAUAGCAACAAGAAACUGAUAUUCUUAGAAUGGAGAAAGGAUAUUUUUUAAUAUUAAGUGGCCUAAACAAUUGCAUCAGUGGGCUGGUGGAUCUCACUAGAAAAUGACCAGCUGUGUCUCUUCCACUCUUUUUCUUUUUUUUUUUUUUAAUCUAGUAGGUUUUCAUCAAAAAGAAAAAAAAAAAAAAAGAUUUACUGUUGCUAAUGGGUUCUUAAAAUAGCAGUGUAAUGUCGUCCCUCAUACUUCUGCUUCUAAAAAUGAAUUUAUUGGAGAUCACAAUGUAACUGGUUCUCCUAAUUUCAAGAAAGAUUGCUUUCCAUUCUCUAAGCUUGUAUCCAGCAUUUAUCCAUGCAGAGCUAUGCUCCCAUCAGUAGGUUGCUGUUUGAGUGAGAGAAUGGGAUUUUAUUCACCAAGGCAGGAUUGUGUUUGCACAGACACUCAGUGCAGAAGAAAGUGGAGGUGCAAAGUGAAAGCAUGUGAACCUGCAUGUGAAAACUAAGACACCUAUGCAUGCAGGUUAAUCGUGUGAUGGCCACUAAUUUACUAACAACUUACACCCGUUGGACAUCAGUGAAGAUAAUCCCAUCAGAUUUAUUUGAUGCUGGAGAUGUUAGGAGAGCACCAGGGAAUGUGUCAGGAGAAAAGAAAUGUGAAUUUCUUAUGCCUGAGCUGCUGUUAGAGAGGAGGUCUCAGUUACCUGCUCUGAAGCAGUGGUGUUCCAAGGAGGCACCCAUAGAAACCCAUAGUGUUGGGUUGACUCCAGAGCUACAUGUAUUGGUUCUUCCAUAGGAAAGGACACCAAGGCUUCAACUCAGGCUUUUUUGUGUCUUUUUGAAAAACAAGUAGGAGAUUUGCUUUUCUUUUAUUGACUUUCCAACAGCUUGUGCUUACUGAUUUCAAAUGAUGAAAUUAACUACAAAUCGCUUUUGAAGCAAUUUGUAGACUGUCCAGUAAACAAUCAUUCAGUCCUCUGACCUAGCAAAACUGUAUACAAGUUUCAGCUGUUGUGAAAAUAGGAACGGUACCAGUUAUUUGGGAUCCUCUUGGCCAUCUGCGUGACUUAAAAGUCACGCUUCCCCCAGCUCAUUCUCAGGAUGCUCACACUUUUUAUAAAAGAUAAUAUGAAUGGAGGUUCAUACUUUAACUUCCUAAACCUGGUUAUUGAUGCACCUGGAUGCAUUUGGAAAACUCAUUGUCUGCCAGGAAACGCACUCAAGUAGGUGAUGACUUUCAUGGAUUGUCAUAAACAUGAACCGUGAAAUGCAGACAUUGGUUUGGAUGCUGCCUUUCUCCUUGUUCCCAUCUUUCUAGAUGUAAAGAACUUCUUUGGAAAGGCAGUUUUUGACCCAUAAUCUUUGCAAGAGAACUAAACUUUUUCAAAAUUCCGAGUUGAUGUUCUUGUCUCCGAUUUUCUGAUUCCAGUGGUUUUCACGGCUAGAUUUCCAUCUUAUUUUGUUGUUUAAAAAAAAAAAAAAAAUUUAUUUUUUCCCUGUAGUCCUAUAUAUUGCCUCCUUUGCAAUAUAAGUUCUCCAUUUUACACCUACACAGUGUGCUCCCUUGACCUGCUCUCUGUUGCUAAGAAGUUAUAAUACCCCAUUUGCACUUCCAAUAGAAUAUACACAGAGAUAGGAAUGAAUGACUUAAGUUUCAUGCACCGCCAGCCUUAAACCCUCCAACCCACACACGCAGACACACACAUGCAUACGCUAUAAAUGAAAGAGAGAUUUGGACACUGCUAUCAACAUGUGGGGUCAAAAACACCAUUAAUUUGGAAAAUUCUUUCAGCUGUGUUUAGGAAGAAACGGCAGAAUAAUGAAAAAUACCAUUCCUGGCCAAGUCAUUUAUGGAUGAAGCAAAUUCCCCUAUGGCGUUAGUUGAAUGAAAUCCUAAGAAUGGAGUUGUAUUUGGCCCCAAACUCUUCCUUAUUAAUCAGGUUGCUAAAGUUGUAUAUUCCAAUGAGUGUUCAUUUGAUCCUCCUGUGUAAAAAUACAAAAACAUCCCUUAGUUUUUAAAGUGAUUAAUUUGGGACUGAAGCUUCAUGACAAUGGAAUUAGUGUUUUUGGCACCUCUUUCUUUUUUCCUAUGAUAAGAUUCAAAAGGGAGGGUCAUUAUCAGUAACCCCAUAGAGAUUAUAGUGUCAAUAGAAGUCCUAUACUUCAAAGGAAUAAAAACAGCAGUGCUAGCAAGCAAACAUCGUAGUUUCUUAAGUCUUUUUUGUUUUUGCCUUCUUUUCAAAAGAAUUUAAAUGCAAAAAUUUCUUCAAAAAUAAUAAAAGUAAUCAUCUGAUGAUCUAAUUUCCCGAUAGUUUCCUCCGCAUUUAUAUAGUAUGUAGUGUUUAGGCAACACCUAUGUUAUAAGUUUAUUAAUAUUAUGUAAGUGUUGUUCUUGUAUUUAUGUAUAGUGUAUGUAUUGUAAAUAUACUCAGAGCUUUUUUUCCUCUUCCUGUAAAAUGGUGAUUUUUUUGCCCUAUAAUAAUGUAAAGGGAAUCCCGUAAUGAAAUUCUGUCAGAGGAUGAUUAUUCCAGUCUAUUCUCAAAGAUUUAAAUGAACAAGUGUUAUCGUUUUUAAUGGUGUCUCAGACAUAUUUUGUUGGUGCAUUGCUUUUCUGUAUUCAACUUUCCUAUGAAUUGAGCUGUGAAUUGAAAUAGAGUUUAAACCUUUAAAUGUAUGCAUUUGUAUAAUUAUCUGAAUGGAGGCAUGAAGGUUAAAUAAAGCAUUUUGUAUGGAACAAA